GCGUUCUUUCACUCAUAAACUCUCAGACAUCCUGAACAAAACUCCCAGAGCCCAUUGUCAGCCGCUGAAGCAGUGUGAGAACCGGAGCGAGGACGUAAAAAAUAAGCCCACCGGCGCAGGCUGGACCUCACUGCCACGGCCUCGCUUCCACAGCCUCAGCUCUGUGGACUCCACCAGCUCCUGGACCACCUCUAUCCUCACAAGCACUACGAGCACCUCCAUCUCAUCCUUCUGCACUCCUACACCUCUCUCUCUCUCUCUUUUUGUCUGUCUGUGUGUACUUCACCUUCAGCACCUGCGUGUAAAGUGCUAGCAAACUAUGGAGAAGGUGCAGCACAUGACCCGUGCGGCCAUCCGGAGGGCGUCCACCAUGGAGGUUCCCCAGCAGGCUAAGCAGAACAUGCAGAACCUCUUCGUCAACUUCUGCCUCAUCCUCAUCUGCCUGCUGCUCAUCUACAUCAUCGUCUUGCUAAUCUCUUUCCAUAUGUGAAGGAUGACCAGCACGGUGUAACCUCGUCCUCCUCCCGGCACCGCACGCUGAGCACGUCCGUCCCCGAGCCGCACGCCGCCUCACCGCGCGCUCGCGCUCCGAGAUCGUCCAGCUCCGACGCCAGCUCUGACGUCCGCACCAUGGAUCUCACCAACAACAGAGGUCUCAACCUGCUGCUCAAUUUCAUGCUGAUCGUCAUCGUGCUGCUGCUCAUGCUCAUUCUCGUCAAGCUCAUGUGAACAGAGCUCAGCCUCUCAGCAAGCACUCCAGACUUAAUAUGGCCUGAACACAUUUACUAUAGAGAGAGGUAUAGGAAUUCUCUCUCUCUCCCUCACACACACACAAUGUCUCUGAGUGUCUGUUCCACUUUAUCACUUUAUAAAUCACAUUUUGAUGCACCGCCAUGAGACUAAGUGCUUGUUAAAGCAGUGUAGGCGGUCUUUUAUGUAAAAAAAAAUACGUGCUUCUUGACCACAACCUAAAAUCCAAACCGAACUUUUUUUUUUUUUACCACGUUAGCUCACGUCCUUGUUCAGAUUGUGCUUGAAACCCUGUUAUAAUUUGUCCAGAAAAGUGCCUCAGACUUUAAGCUAGGUCACGGUGACAGUCAUGGGAUUAGAAAAAUAACAGCAGUGAUGUGACACUUUUCAUAAGUGUGUGAAAUAUGCAAAGUCACGCCCAUUGACACGCUGUUUUACUGAGAAAUUUCCACUUCACUAUUAAACCCUAUUUAGGCUGGAUUCAUGUUCCUGGGAUGUGAAUCGGUCAGUUUGAUGGAAGCACUGCCACAGAAAAAGGAGGGAAAAAACGAGAUUAAAACAGAACAAUAGAAUAUAGAUUAUGUUUAAAAUAACUUUUCAGAAAAGUGAUGCUUUGGAGAUUUUUAGGGACGUUCCACAUGAGCACAAAUAAAGCUUACAUACGUGUUACACGCUUUACACAACUUUAAAACGCUUAUAACAAAGGUAUGUAGCAGUGGAACAAGCCACAAGCCUCGAUUCAUAUCAGACUGGCAUCUGAAACACUGCUUCUUACUCGCUUGCACCACCUGGUGGUGAUGUUUAUACUGCAGUCUAAAAAGUAAAAACGCCUGGGUCUUUAAUCCUGCUCCUUCACCCUGCUCCCUACUCCAUAUAAACCGUGCAGUGCAUUAUGGGAGAUCUGCAAACCCUAGACGACACGGUUCGAUUUGGUCUGAUGAUAAAAUAAAACGAUUUUUAAAAAAGGAGCUAGGCGAUAAGAUCCUCUUAUGUCACUCGCAGCCUUGAAAACCUGAUGUGUACAGAAUCUCUCAUUUCUUUAAAAAUGUUUUUAUUUUUAUUUACCUACACGUCAAAUGAAACCAUCACAGGGUUUUUAAAUGCAGCACUAGGGAUGGGCGAUAUGACAAAAAUCUCAGCAUUAUAUAUAGAUACAUUAUUUAACAACAAUUUAUACGUUAUAAAUUGCUAAAACAUUUAGAACAAUAUCUGUGGAUUGUUGUAACAAGGUACAGAAUUGUAAAGUAGCAUCAUUUAUCACAAUGCUGAUAUUAUCGUCAUAUUCUUCUGCCCUAUGCUUCACUACUGUUUUAUAUAUAUCUUGUGUAUAUAAAUACACUAUUUUUGCCAUGUCAUGUGUAGAGCUGAACUGAUGGCUCUGUGCUGCAAUCUGCCUUCCAGGACUCUAAGAAUGUAAUAAAGUGGCCAUGAUGGGUCUUGUGUGAAAAGUGAUCACAUCCUCACAUGGCUGUUUGAUUACAGAGAAUAAGUGGCUGAAACACUGAGGUUACACUUGAUGUUACACUGUUUGGUUUGUAUAUAGAAACGUAAACAAUGUUGUUUGUAUAUUCACGAGUGCACUGAAGAGGGAGAUGAUGAUGAUGAUGAUGAUGGUGUAUGUGAACUAAAUGCUAGAUGCAAAUAAACAUCC